GAUAACCUAUUAAAAAAAUGUUUUGAGAAUAUAUAAAGGAAAGACACAAUCUUACAAUUAGUCAGGGAAUCAUAUCACUUCUGUCACGACACGAAGAAGCAACGACUAGAGAAAGAAUACUCUACGAAGCCAAGAUGAAAACAAUGUUUACGGUAGUCCUCGCUACGGUCUUUCUGGCCUUUGUUUCUGCCACUCCAGAAUGUCCAUCCAAUCAAGAUGAUGUUGUCUUAGUUCCGAAUCCAAAUGACUGCGCAUCCUAUUAUGCCUGCGACGGUGGCGUAGCAUAUUUAAUGAAUUGCUCUGCUGGACUUCUCUUUAACCCCGAAUUACGAGUUUGCGAUUGGGCAGACAAUGUAACCUGUUCCAUUAAUCCUUCAUCCAGUCCAGCACCCAGCGAAGAACCCAAUGAAGUACCUGUCAAAGAAAUCAGAGAAGAAUCCAGCGAAGAACCCAUCGAGGAACCCAGCAAAGAACCCAGCAAAGAACCCAGCAAAGAACCCAGAAAAGAACCCAGCAAAGAACCCAGAAAAGAACGCAGCAAAGAACCCAGCAAAGAAUCCAGCGAAGAAUCCGACGAAGACGUUAUCAAAAUAUCCAAAACACCCAAUGCAAAACCUUGCGAAGCAUCUAGCGAAUCCAGCGAAUCCAAUGAAGAAUCUGAUGAACUACCUAUUUAUAAGUAAAGAAUCAGAAGUUUGAAGGUAUCUCGGACUUUACUGUAUAAAAUAUAUACAAUAAUAUAUUGUUAUUAUUUAUAAGAGAUGUUUCAGAAUCGCUCUUUUUGUCUAAAAUUGUCCCAUCUGAAAAUCCUGUACACACGUUUUGAGCAGUUGCACAUUAUUAUGUAUUAUAGUGACCGAUAUCAUGUAUGAAAUAUAAUUAACCUAUCACAAGCCUA